AUGAAAAAUGAUGAUACCAAUGUUGUCCAUACAGUUGUUAAUACAGAUUGCGGGAAAAAGUUAUGUGUGGAGAAGACUGUAAAUUUAGUGAAGGAAGAAUGCGCAGCUAUGUGCUCUGCGGGAACGGACAAUACAACUUUGUUUCGUAAGAAAGAUGUUAACGACAUUUGCAAUUUUAGUUUCCUGAAGUUGAUGGACGAAGUAAAUGAGAAAACAAAUACGUUGUAUCAAAUUGUACUGGCUAUUAUUAAUCUAAAAAGUGCGGAAAGGAAUACAAAUAAAUCCAGAGAAAGGAAGCUGAUUGCUGCAGGCAUGGCUAUUUCUUUGCUGAUGAAGGCAAGAAACAAGAACAUGAGUGCUGCCCAAUACGUGGUUUCUUUGCUACUUCUCAAGGGAGGCAUGACAAAAAUGGUAAAUAUUACGUGAUACACAUUGACAUUUUGUUUUCCCUAAUCAUUUAUACAGUCCAACAUCCUUUAACAUUACGUGCUAUUUUUGUCAAAACAGCUUGCUUUUUCGAAUUUUCUUGAACAUAAAAUCAUAGGAUUUAUCUAUUUUGAAUAUCAGUGCUCCAAGACACGUAUGAAAACAUUUUUUUUUUAAAUUGUUGUUUAAACAAAAUAAAAAAUAACAGCGCAGUAAUUCCCGCCAAAAAUUAUCUGUAAGUGAACUUACCGGGUGAACUACAUGCACAAAACACAUGCAAAUGGGGUUUUUUCUUGGAAUUUUGUCGAGUUCAAGAAAGAUCGUUCUUGAAAUACUUAGUAAUCAACUAAAAUUCUAUUUAAUCUGAUUCCGUUUCAAGAACAUUUAGGCUGUACGAAAUAAAAUUGAGCGAACUUAAAACUUGGCAAAAAUUAGAAAUAUAAUCCUACAACUUAUGCUUGGGAUUGUUUUGACUAACAGGGGUAUAACAGACUGAAUCACCUGGAGCUAUGUAUGUCUUAUGAUACCACACAAACAUUUGUGGCAAAGCUUGGUGAAAACCAUGACAGUAUGGUAAGACAGUGGUUUGAAACAAAUCCAGGUCAAGUGAAGUUUUUGGGUGACAACAUUGAUAUGAGAAUAACUGUAAGUAUAAGAAUAUAAAAAAUACCUGUUUUUCCAAUUACAGAUCAACCAUCACAGUACCACGCUUCUAAAAACCUUUGAAAUGUCAAAAACCCUGAAUGUUCAUCAUGCUGAGCUUGCCUAGUGUGCCACGCCCCAUGUGGUAGGUUACAUUUACUUAAAUAAAAUAUUUUUUCUUUUUUUAAUAUAGCCUAGAGAUCAAAGGGGUACAAACCAAAAUAAGGAUUGUCAUUGGUUUUUAACAUUGGCAGUGAAAGACAGAAUUCCAUAUGAUGAAUUACCUGAUGAUAAGCCCAUCUGCAAAUUGGCAAAAUUACCUCUUACAUCCUUCUUGCUAUCAGCUGAUGACAUCAGCAAUUUUAGAAGUAAUUUUGCUAUCCUGUUAUUGCACAAUGUAAUUGGUAAAUUGAAUUUCCUGAAACCAUUUCAGAAAUAUGUCCCAAAGCACAUUAGACACACAUACAGUGAGCAAAUGAGCAAGAAAAGCAGUGUUGUCAAUCUUGGCUUGGUGUUUGCAAAUGAAGCAUGUAGUGAAGGUAUGGUAGAUAUUCUCGAGUUUAUGCAUCAAUAUAUUCACAAAGGAAAGGCAAAAGAACAAGUAGUCUUUGGAGGGGAUCAGCUAACUUGCGAGCGUGCGGUCGGUGUGCAGAGAUUGAGAAAGACAUCAAUAGAAAAAGAACAACGCCUGGCAGAUGUUCUACCAACUGCAGAGGACUGGCACACCAAGAUGACUUUGCUUAUUGUAAGUGCAGAAAAACAUAUACAUUUUAUUUCUUGUGCAUGACAACAUCUGCGGCAAGAAUAGGGUCUGGACUAAUGUUAGGUACAGUAUGUUCGAGGGUGGGAAGUUUUUUGGGAAGUGAGGUAACUUCACGUUGAACGCACCAUGUAAAUGCAUUACAAUAAUAAAUACUAACAAAGGAAUAUUUUUUGUUGUACUGUAGGUUAUCUUUUCAUACUUGUGGGAUGACAAAUCUGCACAAGACAUUGGCACAUUAUACCAAUUACGGUGUAGUUCGCAUCGCACAAGUGUCACUGGAGAUGUUAAGCAUGAAAUGAAUCAGGUAAUCAGAGACUAAUAUAAUGUCGGCCAGCAAACAACUCUCAUUCAUACACAACUUCAGCAAAUGUUAAAUCACGAGAAAAAUGUUGAGUAAUUAUUUUUUAUUUGUAGUCAAUUGACUUUUUCAAUGAUGUUGUCCAAGCUCACUGCCUAGCUGUUGUAUUAGAAUAUUUUGGAAUGGAGAAACUCGAUGGCAUGCCAAAUAAUCAUGCCCCGCCACCAGAAUCGGCAAAAUCACAAGAAAAGAAAAAUUGGUUGUACACCUGUGUAUUUGAAAUUUUGGAUAAAUUCGUCAUGGGUGACAUGGAUGUUACAUCCACAUACCAAAGAGAAGGUAUGUUAGUUAAAGGUUACUGAUACAAUUACAAUUGACAAUAAAUAUGGUACAGUACAAGCUACUUUUUAAUUAAUUCUUAUUUUGUUUGUUUUUACAGCAGAGAAAAUGAAUGCGAAGCAGCCAAAAGGAAGUACAGAAAUUGAUGGUAGCAUACUAGCAUCAGUUUAUAAUAAUUGAGUUACAAUAUCAUAAAUUAUUAUGCCAAUUACAAUUACACAUACUACACGUAUUCACUACUUUUUGCUAACAUGUUAAUUUAUCUUUGCUAACAUGUUAAUUUUUCUUGUAAUGAUGUCUUAAGCCGGUUUUCCACUUGGCGAAUUUGUUCGCGCAAACAGAGAAAGAAGCAACUUGAUUGGCUGGGGACAAACACUGACGACAUCACCGGCCAAUCACAUUCGCUUUUUGCUUGUUUGUGCAAACAAAUUCGCCUAGUGGAAAACCGGAUAAUAAUGGUUUUCCUAGAUGGACUUAAUCAUGAUGGUAGAAACCGCACAUACCUUCCAUGGAUAGAUGGUCAAACGACUACAACAACUUCAAAUGGUCCAAAUACUAAAGAGGACUGUGUUUACAACUAUGCAUGUUCAAUGUUGUCUCUUGGCUUAGUGUUUCAAGAAUUUGAAGAUGCAAUACGUGAAGGGGAUGGUGAUAGGGAAGAAAGAAUAUGGAAGCUACUCCUGUUAAUAUUCAAGGCGAAAGUUAGACGAAAGGGGAGCAGGACAAAAUAUGCUUUUGAAGCUUUUCGGUACAUUGCACUUCUUGAAUCACUCUUGACACCUCGUAUGGCACAUAAACUAAAAUGGGAAGAUUUGUAA